AUGGCAGAGGACAGCCAACGGAUUGGUGGGUUUUCUUCUGGUUUGGCCGUGAUACUGAAUGACGAGGAUAGUAAAGAGAAUUCAUCGAAGACCCAUCUUGUUUCAUACUGUGAUGAUUUUGGCCAUCAAUCAGUGGAGCGGACCUUAGAAUAUGUUCUUGGUCUCCCUAACAAAUCUUUUGGUUUGUUGCCCAGUCCAAUUGAUAGCAAUCUAGUUCGCUGCAUUAUACAGAAAGAAUUCUCUAAAUUGCAUGCCAAUUCAAGUGCUUUGGUUAGAAACAGAGAUGGAGUUUGUAUUCCUGGGAAUGGCUGUGGUCCCCACAUAGUUGGUCUUGAUGAAUUCAGUAUUCGUGGUGAUAUUAGACCUAUUAAGCCACCUUUGCUUGUAGAGAGCUUAGCAAUGUUCAGCAGUGCCAGAGCUAAUGCCUUUGUGUGGAAAGGUAAAUGGAUGUAUGAAGUUAUUCUAGAAACUUCAGGUAUUCAGCAACUUGGAUGGGCAACCGUUUCUUGUCCUUUUACUGACCAUAAGGGUGUAGGUGAUGCUGCUGAUUCGUAUGCAUUUGAUGGGAGGAGGGUUAGAAAAUGGAACAAGGAAGCUGAGCCAUAUGGUCAAUCUUGGGUUGUUGGUGAUGCCAUUGGCUGCUGCAUAGAUUUGGAUUGUAAUGAAAUAUCAUUCUACAGAAAUGGUGUCUCACUUGGGGCUGCAUUUCAUGGCAUUCGUAAGAUGGGACCAGUAUCUGGAUAUUAUCCUGCAAUUUCUCUUUCUCAGGGUGAACGAUGCGAAUUAAAUUUUGGGGCCCGCCCCUUUAGAUUUCCCAUUGAAGGCUACCUUCCCCUUCAAGAACCUCCAUCCUUAAUUCCGGUUGCUACUCAGUUGCUGUGUUGCUUGUCAAGGCUAUUGGGUAUGCACUCUGUUGAGCAGGCAAAGCAUUCUUCUGUUCAAAAAUGGAGGCGACUGAAGAGCAUAGAGUACAUUGCCUGGGGUCCAUUUCUGUCAUUCAUGAUGGAAGUGUUUGGGCAGCAGGUGCCCCAUGAUUAUUCAAGCUUAGAUAGAGUUCUUGAUGUCUUUCUGGAAUUUGAAGGAUCACAUUUGCUGUUUGAACAUUUCAUAAAUGCCCUGGCGUGUGGUUGCAAAAUAGCUCCACUGGUUCUAAAGGAGUGCCCAUGUUCAGGGUCAUACCCAUACCUCGUGUUGGCAUGCCAUAUCUUGAGACGACAAGAGCUUAUGGUGCUUUGGUGGAAAUCGCCUGAUUUUGAAUUCCUUUUUGAAGGGUUCCUAUCACGGAAGAAUCCGAAUAAGCAUGAUCUUGAAUCCAUGAUGCCUUGUGUUUCGUGGCCUGGUUCAUGUGAGGAUGUGUCAUAUGAAAGCACUAUGGUGUUGACAACUAAAGCUUUAUCUGAAGCAGUCAGUAAGAUCGAGGAGAAGCAUAGGGAUCUCUGUCGCUUGGUCAUACAGUUCAUACCGCCUGUGACACCUCCCCAGUUGCCUGGUUCAGUGUUCAGAACAUUUUUACAGAACAUUCUACUAAAGAACAGAGGAGCUGACCGGAACCUUCCACCUCCUGGAGUUUCAAGCAAUUCCGUUCUUGUUUCUUUGUAUACAGUUAUUCUUCAUUUUUUAUCUGAAGGGUUUGCAAUGGGGGAUAUUUGUGGCUGGUUGAAGAGCAGUGAAAAUGGUCCUGAUGUUGGUUUUCUUCAUAGGGGUGGUCAACGAAGCUUCCCCGUGGGUUUAUUUCUUAGAAAUGAUCCUCAUCAAAAUGAUAAUUCUAGGCUUGGAGGAUCGUUUAGUCAUCUCUCGAAGUCAAACCCUGUAAAUGAUGACGAAGCAGAAGUAAUUCGGUGGGAGGAAGGCUGUAUGGAUGAUGAAGAAACCAGAGUGACUCAUUCAAGUACAAAAAAACCAUGUUGUUGCUCAUGUUAUAAUGAUGAUUUUACAAGAAUCUCAAAGUAUCCAAUUAGAUACACAGCCAAAGGUUCUCGUGUCCAUUGCAGUCCUAUUCCAGAGAGAUCUGCUCAUGUUGCUACAGAAUGCAGUACUGGAAAUUUGAAUGAUGAAUUAGCAGAUAAACCUAGCUCUAGUUAUCAAUCUGAAUCUGAGUUUAGUUAUUGCCCAGUGCAGCAAUCGAGGUUUGUACCAAGGGAAAAUAAUAUGUCUUCAGCCACACUCAGAGAAGAAGAACUUCUAGAUGUUCUGUUGCUGUUGUAUCACAUAGGUCUUGCACCAAAUUUUAAGCAGGCAUCGUACUACAUGUCUCACCAGUUGCAGUCAAUAUCCCUCCUGGAAGAAGCUGAUAAACAAAUAAGAGAAAAAGCUAGUAAUGAGCAAUUAAAGCGUUUGAAAGAAGCCCGCAACGGUUAUAGAGAAGAAGUUAUUGAUUGUGUCAGACAAUGUGCUUGGUACCGUAUUACUCUAAUUUCUCGAUGGAAGCAAAGAGGAAUGUAUGCAACAUGCAUGUGGACUGUCCAGUUGCUUCUGGUUCUUAGCAAAGUGGAUCUACUGUUCCUGUAUAUCCCUGAAUAUUAUCUGGAAGCUCUGGUUGAUUGCUUCCAUGUGUUGCGCAAAAGUGAUCCUCCCUUUGUACCUUCAUCAAUAUUUAUCAAGCAAGGCCUUGCUUCAUUUGUAACUUUUGUGGUCACGCACUUCAAUGAUCCUCGAAUAUCGAGUGCUGAUCUAAGGGACCUGCUUCUCCAAUCGAUUUCAGUCUUGGUACAGUACAAAGAAUAUUUGGCCGUUUUUGAGAGUAAUGAAGCAGCCACACAGAGGAUGCCAAAGGCAUUGCUGUCAGCAUUUGAUAAUAGAUCCUGGAUCCCAGUGACGAACAUUCUUUUGCGUUUGUGCAAGGGAUCUGGCUUUGGUUCUUCAAAGCAUGGAGAGUCGUCAUCAUCUGUUGUCUUCCAGAGAUUGUUAGGGGAAACUUGUGUCAGUGAUGAAGAGUUGUUCUCAGCUUUUCUCAAUCGCCUGUUUAACACUCUCAGCUGGACAAUGACUGAAUUCUCAGUUUCAGUUAGAGAAAUGCAAGAGAAGUACCAGGUAUUAGAGUUCCAGCAAAAGAAAUGCAGUGUCAUAUUUGAUCUUUCAUGCAACCUUGCAAGGGUUUUGGAGUUCUGUACCCAUGCGAUACCUCAAGCAUUUCUAUCUGGAGCUGAAACAAACCUUCGAAGGUUAACUGAGUUAAUAGUCUUUAUUCUGAGCCACAUAACAUCAGCAGAAGAUGCUGAGUUUUUUGACUUGCAUUCUAUUUUGCAGGUCGCUGAGAAGACAUGGUCAAUCCUUAGAAAAAAUGGAUGCAUGGAACACAACGAUGUAGUGAGCAUCUUCGCAAGCAUGGGUUGCCUUGACAGUUUUCAUUGCAGAUUCCAAUACCUUUUGGAUUACAACUGGGCUGGAACCUUUAGAGGCGAUGCUUAUCUUGUAAAACUUGCCCAGUUAGAGAAUUUUCUUAGCCUCCUUAGCCAAUCACAAGAAAAUACGAUAUACAGGGGAGAAACAGAUGGGAAUGAUGACAUGUGCUGCAUUUGUUAUGCCUGUGAAGCAGAUGCGGAGUUUUCACCUUGUUCGCAUAGGUCUUGUUAUGGCUGCAUAACGAGGCAUCUUUUGAAUUCCCACAGAUGCUUUUUUUGCAAUGCAACAGUUGUGGAUGUCAUCCGGAUUAGUGAGAAGAGUUGA